CAUGUGUAGAGAAACUUCCCUACGCGGUGCCGUGAAAGGGCAUUCUAUGUAGAAGCCCCGUGAAGAACCGCCGCUUCACCGUGGUUUACAACGAAGACGACCUUCAACUUCAACCAUCUCUCUCUCUCUCUCUGUGCAACUCCGAUCUCCAAUGGUGGAGUCACUGUUCGUUUAUUUCUCCCCAAGGAGUUGACUCAGGGAGAAACAGAGAGGUAGGGGGUUUGCUUAGAGAGAGGGGCACGAUGGAUCCAUCGUUCCUGCUGAUGCUAUCAAACCUUCUCCACCUCCACAACCAUCUGGAUCCCACCUCAUCCCUCCUGUCGGACUCCUACGCCCCAAGCAGCAGCACCACCACGUCCCCAUCUGCAACUCUCUCAUCUUCCUCCGUUGCCCCUCUCCUCUUCUUCACCAUCGCUUCCGUCCUCUCCUACGCCGCAUCCCUCAGCUCCUCCUCCUCAUCUUCCCCCUCUUCCUCCUCCAACAACAACAACCAAAACAAUGACGACUCCAUCGACCACAGUGUCUCCGCCUUUCGCGCCCUCACCAGCCAGCACAUAUGGAAAAUGGACGCACCCGUGCGCGACGCCCAGUGGCGCUCCUCCUACGGCCUCUCCUACCCAGUCUUCAACACUGUCGUUGACAAGCUUAAGCCCCACAUCCUUCAAUCCAAUCUAUCCCUCCCUGCCGACUACGCCGUCGCCAUGGUCCUUUCCCGCCUUGCCCACGGCUACUCCGCCAAAACCCUAGCAGCCCGCUACUCCCUCGAGCCCUACCUCGUCUCCAAGAUCACCAACAUGAUCACCCGUCUCCUCGCUACCAAACUCUACCCUGAGUUCAUCAAGAUUCCCGUCAGCCGCCGCCGCCUCCACGAAACCACCCAGGCCUUUGAGGAACUCACCUCCCUCCCCAACAUGUGCGGUGCCAUCGACGGCAGCCCCAUCAAGCUUCUCCGCCUCCCACCUGAUCAGGAGCUCCAUGGCCACCCUUCCGCCUACCGGUGUCGCCAGGGCUACCCUGCCGUGCUUCUCCAGGUCGUCGCAGACCAUAAAAAGAUCUUCUGGGACGUCUGCGUCAAGGCCCCUGGUGGCACCGACGAUGCCGCGCAUUUCAGGGAAAGCCUCUUGUAUAACAGGCUUACUUCUGCGGAUAUCGUUUGGGAUAAGGUCAUCAAUGUCCGUGGCCACCACAUAAGACCUUACAUUGUUGGGGACUGGUGCUAUCCCCUACUAUCCUUCCUGCUCACGCCCUUCUCUUGGAAUGGUACCGGCACGCCGGCUCAGAACUCAUUCGAUGCUGCCCUUAUGAGGGGAAGGUCCGUGGUGUUGGACGCUAUUGGGCUGCUCAAGGGCAGGUGGCGUAUUCUGCAGAAUUUGAAUGUAGGACUUAACCACGCUCCUCAGACCAUUGUUGCUUGCUGUGUUUUGCAUAAUUUGUGUCAGAUUGCGAGGGAGCCCGAGCCGCCAAUGUGGAAAGACCCGGAGGAGAGUGGGCCUCCCGCUAGGGCUCUUGAGGGUGAGAAAUCCUUUUACUGUUUUGGAGAAAGCUUGAGACAAGCAUUGGCAGAGGACCUAAGGCAACGGCUUUCAUCGAGGUAAGGCUUAACAGGUUUGGGUGCGGGAAGGAUGCUCUCAAGUCUCAACAUAACGAUCCUUCUCUAUGGAAACUUGCUUUUUACUCCUGACUGAUUUUGUCUGACCACCGUGCUUCUUGUAUCUGCACUUAGGUUAGUUUAUGUAGAUAUAGAAAGACAUUCCUGUUGUAAUGAAUCUUUCAUUUUGUCGCCUGCUAAUGGCAAUUAGCAAAUGUGGGAGAAAAGGAAGAAAAAGGGGGGGGGGGGGGGGGGGACUGGACUUCUUUUAACUGGGUUUGACGACUGGUAUUGCUUACUCACGCAUUGUUCAGCAGACUUCAUCAAUGAAUGCUCUUGAGUUCAUCCAAUUUUCUGGGAGGAUAUUUUGUCUUUACUUUUUUCUUUCAUUUUAAUGCAAAAUGGACUUGGUGAUGGAUUCAAUUCCCUAUUAUGUGAUUGUAUCAUUUCAGGACAGUCCAUAUAAUCUUGGCCUCUUUAGAUGGAUUUGAUCAUGUGGAUCAUGACUUUAUAGGAUGUGUGAGGAGAAACAUUGUGCCCUGCUAAUUUCAUUCUUCCCUUGGAAGUUCAAGAUUGCUGUUGAAGAACUUUGACCAAAUGCACUAUUCCAUUACUGUAGCCAUUCCCCUUUUGCCUAUUGCUUUCUGUUACUGCAUUGCCAUCCUCACUUUCUGUUUGCAGUGUGAGUGGAUAUAUCAUUGCAAGUCCUUAGAGAACAGGGUUUGCAACCUUAGUCCUUCUUGCUGCUCCUGAUAUAUGCACGUUGUAACUGGUCUUUUGUUCUUUGUGGAGGUUGUUAUGGUGAAAAUUCCAUUUUUUGUAAGUUUUCCAGGAUGGGAAUCCCUAUCCCUGUGGAAAGUUGGAUUUUAUGUUGUGGUUAAACUCCACAAUGCUUAUCCUGCUCAAUGUGCUGCUUGACAGUGAGUAUGGAUAUGAGAUUCCUGAUCAUGUUGAACAUCAAGUGUCUGGCAUAUAUGGUGGUGAUGUGAAGGCUAAUAUGGCAUUUCAGAUCUAUUUUUGAAAAUUUUUCUAGCUAGAUUUGGGGAGGAUACUAUCUGUAUGGUGGUUAUGUGAAGGCUAAUAUGGCAUUUUUAUUGAAAUUUUUUCCUUACUGGAUUUUCUGAUUCAUUGCUCAAGUGAGUAAUUAGAUUCAGGCAAUGCUGUGUAACAUAUGCAGACUUGAGUUGAUUUCAUUCUUUUACCCCAAAGAAAAAGUUGAUUUCAUUCUUUAUAGAAAGACCAUAAUUUUUAUGUGAUGUACUUUAAGUUCAAUGUAGCAACUGUUACCAAGAAGGCUUGUCUGGCAGGUAUAUCAUCUUUUCCUUGAGAACAUCUUGAUGUGGAGUCAAAUUUUCUGUUUAUUAGUAAUUCAGAUGGACUCCUGCAGAUGGCAUUACUGCUGUAGUGGAGAAGAAUUUAGGAUUAUUUCAGAUGGACUAGAAGACCUACUUUGCGGUGUCAAUGAAUUGAGGAUAAUUUACCGACUGUGUUGAUAGCCACCUUGACAAUUAUAGUAUGUUAACUUGUAAGUCAGCUUCAGAAGAGAGGUACCUCCCAUAGUUUGAGGCCUUGAGCUCCGAGGACCUAAGUGCGAACCUGAUAAGUUGGGCAGGUUGAGGCGGGAGUGGCAACUCCAUCAACCUAUGUUCUACCUGCUGAAAUAUCAAUGCAUUGAUUGGAGGUGUUGCAGACCCAUUGGUGCUGGUUUGCUAGACAUCCCAGCUAAUGUGUUAAUUAAAUAAAACAGGUUUUGGAAAUUAAUGGUAGAAUGUGAAGAAUUCUAGUGGCAGGAGGAAAGGAGAUCAAGGUCAUGGUGGAAGGUAACUGGUUUAUGCUGGGAAGAGCAAGGUGAGAUGUAUUAGGAAAUGAGGAGGAAGCACUGAUGGAUGGAAGGAUGUGGAGUUGCUCGUGAGUUCUAUGAGACACUUCUAUUAAUUCUGCCAGAUUAACAGGGACCAAGGUGCCAAUAUUUGCCGGUGACAAGUAUGAGCUGACUGACUCGCCUGCCUAACCACUCUAUUUACUCUGCUUGCCAUUACAACAAUGGGAAGGAGUCAGCCUCAGCAGAGACUGCUGACUGAUAGUUAGGUCCAUGAAGGGAAAGACCGAGAGUGUCCUGGAAAGCAACGGUGGUAAACCUGUUCUCCAAGUCCAGAAGGUAAAAAACAGCUAGUAUGUAACUAAGGUUAUCAAUUUUGUUGCCAAAGACCUGGCAAGCAACUGUUUGUGUUUGAAGGCUUAUCUACUCAAACACAGUCUAUCAGGUUAGCAGAGUUGAAAACACCAUUGGAUUCCUAGUAUUGUUAUCCAGUAUAAUAUAUGGAAUUGUGUAUCAA